UCUCGCCACCUUCCUCCCAAAGUCUACCAACUCCACAACCAUUCCACCAAGUCAAUAAAAUCCCCCUCUCUCUCUCUCUCUCUCUCUCUCUCUCUCUCCAUUCUCCCUGCGAUACAACAAUCCUCCCCUUCAAUCCAAUUCAAUUUCCACCAUGUUGUUGUUGGUAGACUGCUCCGGCUGCCACACGCCGCUGCAGCUGCCGCCCGGCGCUCGGACGAUCCGCUGCGCCCUGUGCCACGCCGUCACUCGCAUCGCCGACUCCCGCGCUCUUCCUCCUCCCCCUUAUUCCUCCUCCUCCUUCUCCUCAUCCUCCUCAUCUUACCACCACGCACCUCCUCCAUCCCCUUCUCCCUACACCCACGCGCCGCCGGUGCCUUCGCCGUCGGCGCACGGGCGGAAGCGGGCCGUCAUAUGCGCCGUGUCGUAUAAGCGGUCCCGGCACGAACUCAAGGGCUGCAUUAACGACGCCAAGUGUAUGAAGUACUUGCUGGUCAACAAGUUCAACUUUCCCGAGUCCUCCAUUCUCAUGCUCACCGAAGAAGAAGUUGAUCCUUAUAGGCGCCCAACCAAGCAAAAUAUGAGAAUGGCAAUGUAUUGGCUUGUGCAAGGUUGUCAAGCAGGGGAUUCUUUGGUGUUUCAUUAUUCUGGUCAUGGAUCACAACAGAGGAACUACACUGGGGAUGAGGUGGAUGGAUUUGAUGAAACGCUUUGUCCUUCGGAUUUUGAGACUCAAGGGAUGAUUGUUGAUGAUGAGAUCAAUGCGACAAUUGUCAGACCUCUACCUGCUGGGGCAAGGCUUCAUGCAAUUGUGGACGCUUGUCAUAGCGGUACUGUGCUAGAUUUACCAUAUCUCUGUAGGAUGGACAGAAACGGGAAGUAUGUAUGGGAGGAUCAUCGCCCUAGAUCAGGUGUUUGGAAAGGAACAAACGGUGGAGAGGCCAUUUCCUUUAGUGGUUGUGAUGAUGAUCAAACCUCUGCCGAUACCUCAGCUUUGUCCAAGAUUACUUCGACUGGUGCCAUGACUUAUGCUUUCAUCCAAGCCAUCGAGCGUGGACAUGGAACUACAUAUGGGAACAUAUUGAAUGCAAUGCGAUCUACCAUCCGUAACACAGAUAAUGGUGUUGGAGGUGGUAUUGUGACAUCUCUUAUCUCCAUGCUUUUGACAGGAGGGAGUCUUGGCGGGUUAAGACAGGAACCACAGUUAACUGCCCAUCAAGCAUUUGAUGUGUAUGCAAAGCCUUUCUUCUUGUAAGUUUUGGUGCAGGAUCGCCAAUUUAUUUCUCAUAAUCAUUCAUUAAUCAUUCCCAAGCCUCCUAUUCGUGUAUACAGUUCCCGGAGAAACCCAAUUUUGUAUCUGCUUGUGUUUAAUGUAUUGUUUACCAAUACUGUGUUUUCCUUG